ACUUUUAUUUUUAGCCUUAUGGGAUUCUCGUAUGUUCUCGCAAAUCACAUAUGAUAGAACACGUAUAUUAAAUCUGAAGGAAUAGAUCAACUUUCUGUCUCCCAUAAAAAGCGAUCGAUUCAACCUAAUGAGUAGUUCUGAUUCUACGUUUGAGGGGUCGGACAAAAAAGAGUCCGACAACUCGUCAGCCUCUAAUUAUGAGUGCAAUAUUUGUUUCGAUGUAGCUAGAGAUGCCGUUGUAAGUAUGUGUGGACAUCUAUUCUGCUGGCCAUGUAUUCACCGCUGGAUGACAGCUCGAUCUGGACGAAUGACCUGUCCUGUAUGUAAAGCUGAUAUCAAUGAAGAUAAAUUUAUUCCUCUAUAUGGCCGAAAUACAACCGAUCAACAAGAUCCAAGAAAAAAAGUACCCCCAAGACCUCAAGGACAACGACAGGAAUCGGAAAAUACAAAUGGUGGCGGCUUCAACUUGGGAGAAAAUUUCUCCAUGUCUUUCGGAAUAGGUGCCUUCCCCUUUGGCGUUUUUUCAACGUUCAACGUACCCGAUAGACAAGGACACUAUGGUCAUGGACAUACUCAUGGUCCAGCUCCAAAUCAAGAUGAGCAAUUUCUCUCCAAAGUGUUUUUAUACGUUGCAGUUUUUUUCAUCUUUUGGCUCAUAUUGGCUUGAAAAUUUGAUGAACUUUACCGUCUAGUCCUUACAAAAACAAAAAAACUAUAAACGAUUUAUUAUAAAGGCUUGCACAGACUAUUACUACCAUUACUAUUAUCAUUAUGAUUAUUAUCAUGACUAUUAUUACCAAGUAUUAUACACUUAAUUGUUUCUUAUAAUGAAUGUUUUUGUUAUAAAACUUCUAUAAUUUCAUAUGAAAAGAAUGAGAUUCAUAUAAAUGAUCAUUGUUUUAGUAAAUUUAUAUUUAAAAAAAGAUCAUAAGAAUGUAACUUUGAAGAACUUAGAAACAAACAUGGAAUAAAUAAACAAAGAGAUGGUACAUCUUUACAUAUCAAAUCGAAAUUGUUACAAAAUUUUUGACAUUCACGUGAUGGAUUGAUCAAUUGAUGAUAAUUAUUCAUGUAUGUAAUAGUCCCUUCAUCCCUAAUGGGAGUGAAAUGUAUACAUUCUAAUGAAAAAAAGAUUUAGCUGCCUUAUUAAAAGCUCUUUUAUGACCGCUUCUAUUAAAGAUAACUUUUAGAAUUGUACUAAUGUUAUACAGCCAGUGUAUAUGAUUAAAGCAAUUUAAUAUCGCUUGUUUUGAAUAUAUUUAAAUAUUUAAUAUU